GAUGGCGUGAUAUACGUUGAAAGCUCGACAAGACUAUAGUUUAGUUACUAGUUGGCCAUCUGAUCCUCUUCAACUUAAUUAUAAAUUGUAGUUUGAUCUAAUCAAUUAUUACGCUUGUUUUGCUUAUAUUUUUCAAUAUUAUUGCAUAAUAAAAGUUCUUACAUUUGACUGCAGGCUAUCUUGCUCUUCUUUGGAAAAUACUAUAGUCAUGCAAUAUAGAACCAUUCUGUAAUUUUUUAUCACAUAUUAGAUGAAAAACUAAGAAGAUUCAUAUUAUUGAAUAGACAAAAAACAGGAAUAAAUGUACAACUGCACAGACCUUCAAAGUCAUGAUUCAAUACAUUUCUGAUCGGACUGCCAAAGUUGUCGAAUAAACAUAUUUUAAAAUCAUAUUAUGAUCAGGUUGACUUGAUUGAAUUGCUCUAAAAGUCGAGAGAAAAAAUCAAGGAUUGUUUCUUGACAAAAUUGUUGGCGAAUCAAGACCACGGAAGAUCGGAGGACGAAGCCAAGUUUAACAUAAGGUGGUACAAAUUUACAUAUGUAAUAAUUUGUAACAAUUAUCAUGGCUUGAUUAAUAACAAAUACGAAAAUUCCUUGUUCUCUCUCUCUCUUUCUCCCUUUUCUUUUAAAAAUAUGUGCGCCUUGGGAGCUGCGGUCGUCGACUGUGUUCACACAAUUUUAUGAUGUCCGAGCCGCAAGAAACGAGAUCCGCCUGGUCCCUGAUACAACGGGCGAAGGAAAGGUUUGGAUACUUGCGCGAGCUUGCCAGGGUACUUUUCGAAGUCCUGGCAUACGCCAAAGUCCGGGGGAUCGUCGACACUUCCUGCAGGCCGGUCCGCACGUUCGCCUACCUUAGGCCUUCGCCGCCGCACCUCGGCUACGAAAUGCGAGAGCUGUCCGACCGGGCCAAAGACGAGUUCGACCAAUUGACCUUCGUCUACCACCUGAUGGCCAACUACACGUUCGCUCUUCCACCCGGCUAUGUCAUCAACUACCGCAUAUUCUGACUCUCCGAACAACAUUUUCCGCAAUUAACAAUCUAAUUAAGUACACUGUUUUAAUACACUUUAUUUUUGUUAUAAAUCGUUUUUCAUUUAUUUUUAAACAUAUGCUCCGAUGUUCGUUAUUAAAAACUCGAGGCUUUUUCUUCGAGUAAGAGUCGUUACGAGACCAACGCGAGAACGGUAAUUGUGGAAGUACCGAGUGAUGGGGUCCAGUUCUUCGGGCGCGGAGCAGAUCGCCUAUUCGGUAGACAGAAACACAUCUGGAGAUCUGGGGGUGUUGGCCUCAAUCGGGGUGUCUUAUCUCUGCCCCCAACUCGGACCCGAACUGCUAUCCAGAGAGGAAUGGACGGAAAAGAUCGAAUCUCACAUCCUAAAACAAAUGGAAAAAAACAGAAUUGUCGGAACCAGCCUGAUGAUUCAUUCGUAUAAUAACGAGGAGAAUGCCACCCUCUGCGUCGAACUCCUUUGCACGUAUUUGAACAACAUUCUGGAACAUCCGAAUUCUGAAAAGUACAAGACUAUAUCUAUGUCGAACAAGACUUUCUCAGAAAAGGUGAAACCUGUCAAAGGGGCGUUGGAUUUUCUCCUGCUGGCCGGCUUCAAAACGAAGAAUGUCAGAACCGCACGGUCGGUCGAGGAGUGUCUGGUGUUGGAGGGCAACGUCGACGCUGCCUAUUUUGAAAAUUUGAUCAAAACGUUACGCUCAGUCCAGCCGAUAAAAUUGAAUCUAGACAGGAACCCGUGCCUUUACAAAGCGAACGAAACCAAACCAUUAGAGACGAACGACGAUUUCUUCAAGCUGACCGUCGAAGAAGUCAAGACUGAACAGAAGAAGAGGACGGAGUCCGUCAAAUCCGCGUCUAAACUGAUGACUAAGGCGAUGAGAGAAAUGGAGCAGGAAAAGUCGCAGAAAACAGUAAAAAUCUAUGCUUAUUCACUCAUUCGCAUCAGGUUUCCCGAUGGCGUCUAUCUUCAGGGAACAUUCGAAGCAGAAGAACCGCUGGCUGAGGUCCGGCAAUUCGUCUCGGAUUGUCUCGCUGCUCAAGUGUCAUUUGAACUGAUGUCCUCUUUGGGUAAACCUUUCAGCCAAAAUGAUUAUCAGACGCCCAUCAAACAUUUAAAAAUGGUUCCAGCAGUGGUGCUCAACAUCCAUGUUAAACCCCCAUUGAAAAAAUUGAUAAUUAGAGAAGACUUGAUUAAAAAAAUGAAAAAACUCUAGAAACUGCUCAUAUGUUUUCGAUUUGAUCGUAUGGGAGAAAUAUUUAAAACACGGUUAUGCUAUAAUACUGAGUUAGUUUUAAGAAGCCAAUCAUAAAUUUUAAAAUGUUUUAAAGCUUA